AUGACCGAAAAGGAACAGAAUGUCAAAGCAGUGGUGUCUGAGAUUGCCAGCCGUCGCGGUGUGGCUGACAUGACGACUGAUGAGUCGUUAAGACAGCUCAGCGACCAAUAUGUAGAAUACUUGAAAUUAAUCAAGGACAAUUGGUCAUCGUGCCACGCGUCAAAGAUGCUCAAUGUAGAGCUCGUGCAAUACAUUGUACCCCGAUUCCGGCAAUUGUCAGCUCCACUGCGAGUACGAAUUCUGACCUCAUUCUUCUACCUCAAGGACACGCUGCGGGUGGAAGCGCAAGACAACCUCAUGGAGGUGCUCGGUUUCGCGGAAACCGAUGCCAAUGAGUGGGUCCGCAAGAUGGGACAGCUACUGCGGCCGUUUAUACUCAAUGGAAUGAUCGACUUACGACUGAUUGACACGGAGACGGCAUUCAGGAUAAUUACAUUUUUGGACGAACACAAAGAUUCAACCUACUACGAAAAGGAAGGGCUGGACAGUGUCCACAUCUGCAGCGUUAAAGAGUCCGACGGAUCGGUUGCGUCAAACGGAAUACAGAACGACGAUGAAUAUACGCAAUAUUAUCCGCGGGUGAACUUCGACAAACUGGGGGACACUAUAUUAAAGCGUGCUGUGAAUCGCAGGGAUGCCUAUGCACAACGCAGGAGCUUAUCAAUCACAGAAAUCUAG